AUGUCGACGUAAGUCAAAUUAUGCCAUGUUGUAUGUGCCUGAUCAUCCUCUUGGCAACAGUAAACAACACAAUAUGUGCAUGGAAAUACUGUAGACUCCGGACGACAGCGCCACCCUAGAAAUACCGUGGCGCUACCUUACUGGCUUGGAAGCUACCGUCGACGAGAGAAUAAAACCAACGACAAGGAAGAAAAACUCGUAAACUGCAUGCCGAGGAGAAUAGGCUGCACAAAGCGCACGUCAAUCGAAGAACCGGCGUAAGCAGGGCAGCCUUCUUAAAAUGUCACCGUCUAGUGCACCAGUAACUGUAGGGGGCGCAAGACGCCUGGAUUAAUCACAAGUCCGAGAAAAUAGAAGGAUUGGGGAACAACAGUGAAACGAUAAAUCCCUGCACCUACAUUAGGGCAGCCUACGGCGUCCGAACUAAAGGAACCACAUAAACGCGCACCCAUCAAAAUGUCAACAUUCUGGGUAUGGUUAAAGGCCCAUUUGCUGGCUCAUGCCACGCCAAUUCGAAUACCUGCGUCCUCUACAUUGGUUGUUGAAAAUUCUGGUCGGGUCUUUUUGCGGACCAGGUUGUGUAGCGAUAUGCCCAUGUGCGGGUUUGCGCCGAGCAAGUGACCAGCGGCCUCUCCUAUCCCCGGUCAUCAUGACUAUGUUUUGACAGCAGGCAUGGGUGGGGAGGCGAAGUGCGAUAGAUGCAGUGAAAGUCUACAUUUGUCACAAACUAAUUCAUACACUAGCCACCGUGCCUUUUCUCAUCGUGUUGUGUAGCUCACGGUGGACAUCCUCAGUCACGACGAUCGAACUCUCGUGUGUGUUUUUCGGCUCCUUUCUCCUUGCGCUUACUCUGCAACAAGUGGGACUGGAGAGAUCUAUCCCCUUGUGUGCCAAAUCCCGAUAUAUAUUUUUGAAGGAGGAGGUGAGUAGGACCUUCAUGUGGCGCCCUCCAGCCACUGCCCCGCACCAAUCUCCAUCCAUGUUGGCUCAACGUUUGAGGAGACAAUGUCGCAGUUUCUGCACAAUUUGGCUUCACAAGGAACAAAAUUACUAUCAGUCGCUUCCUUCGAACAGUGGUGUUUUUCGUCUCCUGCGACGACCGAACUUAUUAUGCUCCGUCAGCCACUGCGUUCAGCCUCCGCACCAGACCACUGGCCGGCUCGGACAGUAGUUGAGGUCCGUGAAUGAAAGUGGAUAAUGAGUUUGGUGACGCAGUGCACAUUACUCGCUUUCAAAUACCUGACGCGCUUGAAGCUAUUACGCUGCGCCAAAACCCAUGGCUUAAACAUUUGCCAGCUUUACGGGACAACCUAGACCUAGCAGUCGGCACAGUCUGUGUUUGUGCGGAGUGGUUAACGGCUGGUCUCAGGAUCGGGCUGUAAUCGCCACAGCAUUAUAUGGCGUCUAUAACACUUCCAAGUAGUGAGAUUUGAGGCGGGCGUGACGGCAUAUCUAGGGGCGGCUCCGUGCGCGGCAGGCACCUGCAGCCCUCCAUACAUCCGGAUUUCUUGUCUGUUUCUUGACAUAGUGACCAGGUGAGGGAGGAGAAGAAUUAUCGGUAGAUGCAUCACAAUUCAACAAUUAGUGUGGGCAAGUUUUCGCGUGUGUCGCCGUUCCUGCACCUAUCCUGCUGUAGAGCACACGGUGGACAUCAUAAGUGUCGGUCGAACUUUCACAGUUAUUCUGCGGAGUCAAGUCGAAUUCAGUUUGGUGACUUGACGGGAGAGUUUCAGAAUUUGUAGACAUGCGAAUUCGCUAUCCCUGAUUCAGUAGGUGCGUAUUUUUGAUUCAUUUUAACCCGUCUUUCUCGACACCGCUUACCAGUCUGAUUUUUCUGAGUUGGACUUCUACACAUACCUCAGGCAUUUGAUAGUUGUUGCGGACUAAGUAUUUUUACUCCUUUGUUACAUAAUUUUUAUCUGCGACGGAUUUUUCGUCCGCAGAAGCCAUUUGGCAAAUGGCCGUAUCCACACUUUUACUCGUUUCGAUAUUGCUGGCCGUCGAUCUGAUUGUAGAAGGAAACAAUAAGGUGGUUAGGUGCAUGCGAGUCUGAAUUAGCGCUGAUGCUUUUCAUCUGAUAAGCAAUGUGUUUUGCCGGGCUGAAAUGCGAACACGAAAGGCAAAAAUAACAUCUGCUGAUGUGCUCUUGUGGUUAUUUUUCCUUGUGUUACGACGAAAUACCGCCUUUUUUCUCAUGCUCUCUAUCUCGUUAUCCACCUUUGCUUUUUGUCAGAUAGACGGUCGUCUAUCUGAUAAUUUCAAAGUUUUCAGUUCGUGGCAGAAUCAGCUUUACAAUCUCAGUAAACCUUGACUUAAUUCAAUUGGUGUAUGCAGUUACCAAAUUGUACUUUUUCCGUGAAACCCUGAUAUACAGUUCAGUCGGCAUGUUUGGGCUCAUUUUUACGAGGGUCCGCUCAUCCUGAUGGGUUCUUAAGCGGAUCAUGGUGAAGGCAGUGCGGAUAAACUAAACCAAACCACCUCAGUGUUUUUUGGAUCACAGGAGCACGCUCCGUCGGAUUACUUGUUUGAAGCACAGUACACACGGUGGUUCGGCUCUUUACAAAAUACAUUUUUUAAAGAUUUAACUAGAAUUGAUUCCUGUCGCACUUGUGUUUCGAUACCCACCCUAAUAUGCGCAGAAAUCCCUCAUAUCUCUUAUAACCCUACAGCUGUUGUUUGGUCAGUUUGAAUUACACCCAUCCUCGUAGUGUAUUUGCAUAGGAAUACAAAUAUUUCCAUGCACUGGUCUUUCUGUGCUAAAAUCCUGUUUGCCUCCGUGGUAAACUUUCACUUCAUAGACAACAACACUUUGGUGUGCGUGAAGUCCGGACAUGAUGAAUGUAUGCUUACUAGGAUUCCAAAACCAGCGACAGAUCUGUACGCCGAUUUUCAUGCCGAGUGCCAAUCAUCGAGUUCCGCCGCUGCCAUCGUAUAAUGUGAAAUUGUUUUGUCAGUUGUUGAGGCGUUUAGCUCUUAGAAUCCGCCAAAGUACACUCUAGCGCCUUUCUUGCCCUAUUGUUUAAAACUUGGCAAUUUUAGCCAUAUACGUGAUUCAGGAUUAAUGUAUGCUAGCAUCAGGAUCUGUUGCUGGGUUAAAUAAGACCUCUUACUGAUGGCAUUCCCCAAAAGAUGCCGAGAUGCAAACAAAAAAGUAUGUUCAUUAUUGACUCACAUGGAUGGUAUUAUAAAUUGAUUUAUUUUUACUGCUGCCGGGUAUAGACAUCAUGCACCAGAAUUUGGAGGCUUAAACCCUUCUAAGCAUAUUUUUCGAUUUCUAAAGAAUCAUGACACUACCAGGUCAUUUGAACUGUCUUGUAACUGGCUUUUCUUGUAAAGGCUACCCCCUCGUUAUCUAAGGACCUUUUCUGAAGACCGUCUGCUCACUCCGUAAUGAUGUGUGUGUUGGUCAAAACAGAAAACAUGCCUGGGUGCUUAAGUGCCAGUCAUGAUUUGAUUGACUUUAUUAUUAAGUGCUUCGUGCUUCUGUGCAUGUUUGUAACAGUUUGCUUCGUAAAGUGGUUGAUAAGAAGACAUUUUAGCCUAAUAAUCGACUUGUUCUACUGAAGGGCGAUGUUUUAACUUGUUUCCCGGUCCUUUUAUUUGUCGUCGGUCAACGUGUCUACCACGGUAGGCGGAUAAAUACCCGUCUACUGGAAGUCGAAUUUCUGUAAACUUUGUUAGUUAUCAUGGGUGCUGUGUGAAGUAUUUCGGUAACGUCCUUAUUAUCAGUGCUUUGGUUCGAUCAUGUGGUCACAGCAGACCAGGUUGCCAGCACUGAGACACCCCGAGUACAUAAUUGGCGUAGGGCGCUGUCAAGUAUUACAGCGUAAGACUGCCACAGGCGCCGGUUUUUUCGCACGCUUGUCAUUGUUUCUCGUUAUUUAUGAAGACGAUCUUUCGCAAUCGUCUUUGUGUUUUUCCUUCUUCUGCUUGGACCUCAAUCGCCAUAUCAGUGGACAGAUGUUAGGGAAGGGCUGCACCUUGCAAAGGCUUUGAAUUUUUAACACUAUCACCAGAUAAAGAAACUUCACUGCGUCCUUCACCAUAAACUUCGGGACUAGUCUUGUUCUGAAUUUUUUAUAUCUUAUAUUUAACAUGGGUUUCCUUAUGCGCCGGUCUGAUUUGAUUGUGGAACCCGGAAUGCCCUCUCACUUUUGGCCUAGCGCACACGAUCCUGAAACAAUGAAGAUGCGAAGACAGGAAGACCGAAGCAACCAUUUCUGACAUCACCACAUCGCUAUCAGUGCGGCUUUAAUACUAACUGUUCGACAGAAAGUGCCUAUGAGUGCAUUUCUUUUCCCUUAAUUAUCGGCUCCGGUUUCAUUUGCAGACAUUACUUGUGAAGAUAAGACAUGAUCGGCUAAAAUAAAUGGAUACACUCUUGGUCCAGUUUUCGUAUUAGCUUUGUUUACGUAAGUCUUGGAGCUCCUCUGUAGUUUGUUCAUUUUUGUGUACAAGAACUAUUUCUCCUUUAGGCAGAAACCAGAUCGCCGCAGCCGAUCAAAAUUUCAAUCGUGUCCUUCCUCUUCAAGAUGCCCGUUAUACCACUUUUAUAAGCAGGUGGGAUUACAGUAUUUUCAUCUUUUUGAUAGUGGUCAGUAUCCUUCUGUUCUCCUUGAGUAAAGUUAAGCUUUGCGGCUCUUGGACUAUGGGCAAGACACGAGAGAUUUUAAUUCUUGCAGCGUUAGGAAGUUCUUUUAGGCGAUUUGGCCUACCGGUUCUGCCUUUUCUGGAUUAUAAGGCCGAUAGAGUCAAAGGCUUCUUGAUUCGAUGGUGAAGAAGUAAGUUGCGAAGCAUUUCAACUAGGCCACCCUUACGUCUUUGUGACUAGCUAUGUCUGCCUUGGCGUCCGUUCGGGGCAAGGGCCUGUACUGCCUAUGGCUUAGAUCUCUUGAUCGAUCUGUGGCCGAAUUCUUGCGCAACCGUCACUCCCAAAUGAUCUUGUUUUAGCCUUUAUGACUAUCGAUGUGUCGGCUAAAUCGAGGACGUGAGUUGGUCUAGGUUGUAAACAGCUUAGAAUAGAAAAAUACUCUUUCCAUUUCUCGACUCAUUUUUUAUAGUUUAUUCAUUUUGGUUGCGUCUAUGAAUAGUAUGCCGACAGAAAUCACCAUUAUUACUGAGUAACUCGCCAAUGGCACCUUGUUUCUUCCCAUACACAGACCCUCAUGUCCAAGUUUAUGCAGCUUUUUGACUCAGCGAAUCGACAGCGUUGUGUGCGCCUCCUAAAGAAGGUGACUCCACUGCGGCCGAAGCCCCAAAUUUGUCAUGAUUCGGCCAUAUUGAUUCCUCUUAUGUAUUAUGAUGGGAAACCCGCCAUCCUUUAUACCAAACGUUCAAUGCAUCUACGGCUUCAUCCCGGAGAAGUUAGGUAGGCGAGGCUUCAUUUUCGUAGUGGUUCUUCUACAGUUUUCCCGGCGGUAAAAUUGACGCGCAUAUGAAUGAGGAGCCCGUGACAACUGCUCUGCGUGAGUUGGAGGAAGAGGUUGGUAUCCCAAAGAGAUUUGUUGAUGUAUGGACGACGUUCUGCCCCUGUCCAACGAAGGUAGGUCUGCUUACUUUUUUUCCACUAGCCAAUAAUUCCGUUUGUACCUCGACAAUUUUAUUGGUUCAGCAGCCGUUAUAACCACAUCAUUGACGCGGAACUUUAGCACUCAUAUGAUUUAUUUUUAUCGCUGAAAUGCAGUAUUUACCUGCGGCGGCCUUUGCCAUGACUGAUUUGGCCGACGUGUUAACUUCAUCACAAAUAAUCGAUUUUCAUUUCUUUCACUCGGCAACUGAUUCUCGAACGAAGUCAAGGAAGUCAGGUUAGCAAACGUGAGAGUUUCGGGUCGGUUAUCUGAGGAAGGGAAAAUGCUCACCGUAUCAAGGAUAUUGUUUGGCUGACGUUUCGAAGAGCUUGGGCGGUUCUCCACUAUCAAAGCGUCUAGUGCAAAAGUCGAUCAGAAUUUUGAGUACACAGCCGAAUUAGUUGGCUUUGGGCUGAUCGAUUUUUUCUUUUUUCGCAACCUUGGACUGCUAGCCGUCGGUUGUGAGUGUUGGUGGCCUCCUAUGUUGUGUGUCGUCGCCUCAAUAGGGGUUAGUUGCGUUUGUGUUCCCCUUUUGGGUGAAUUGGUCGACAGGCCGUGUUUGCUCGGCAUUCUUAAGUCCCGUAUGACUGUCUUGUCCUCGUCAUGGCAUAUGUAUUGACGUAGGACUUUAUAGGCCGCAGGAAGGUCUGGAUGCCUGUUGAUGGAGUUGGCAUCGCAGUACCAAGCCUCAAGUGGGAGACGUUCUGUCCUUGAGGUGCCUCGGCCUAAGACGGCUGUUCCUUGAAGGUCAGAACUAUGGCCAGCUUCUCCGAUGAGUCGCAAGCUGUGAGUUCGGGUCUAGUCUCCGAGUUGCCAGCUUGUGCUCAUGCAAGCGGGCCUGCAAUUUCCGUCCGGUUUCCCCAACGUAGUUGCAGUCGCUAUCGUUACAACGUAUUUGAUACAUAACUGCUGAGGUUUCUGUGGGUGGCAGUAUGUCUUUUGGUUGCAUCAAACGGCGACUAAUUGUUGCCUAGGGUCGAUAAGCAAUGUCUUCCCUGGCGGGUUGUAACAGUCGUGAAACCGCCUUGGAAACUCCUUUGAUGUAAGGAAUAGCUUUCCGGACUUCGAGUUGUUUUUCUCGUGGCCGUCGUCUGUUCACUGGGCGCUUGCUUUGCUUGACAAAGUAGCUUGGGUAUCCACCCAAACGCAGCUGCGUCCGUACUCUAUUCCAAAGAGUUGCAACACACUGCAGCACACCAGCCGACAAAAGAGUUGAACGACAAAACCUUUUUGACCUCUUUUGAGCCAAUUGAUAACCAAGCUACUUUAUCAAGCAAAGCAAGCGCCGUAUCACGUUGGCUAUGACCUAUCAAGACUGCGGUAUGGUCUGUUAGUGCGCGCUGAAUGACCCGGUUUAUUCGGUAAUUGAAAAGUAUGGACGAGAGAACGCUAGGUGGAACCACGUGCUCUGAAGUAUUAACUUGUGUUUACUUAAGUCAACAAGUAGGCAUUUAUUUUCCGUUUCUUAAAACCGAGGCGAACAUUCCAUUCCAUUCUUUGAUUCAAAUAACCUACGUUUAUACAGGGAUUACUCUUACAUUGUAGUCCACCUCCAGUUUUAUCAACCCCGUAGUGGGUUUCUGCGGCUACUACAACUCGCAAACCGAUACCCUUUCUAACCGUCCUGACCCUGACCACUCCAAUGGUGGUGCUAUCAAACUGGCAGUCAACGAAUCCGAGGUUGAGAGUCUUAUUUUUCGAUCCAUUGAUUGGCUGUGCGACAAGCGCAACUUCCACUACGCCUUCUUCUGUGAGCACCGAGCCGUUCCAUUCACCGGCAUCUCCACCCUGCGCUCGCGUCCCUUUAAAACAAGCCCACGACCUUCUCCCCUCAGCAUGCGCUUUGCAAUGCCCGUCUUUGGCGGUCCACCGGGCAAAUCCGACUGGCCGCGUAUCUGGGGCCUCACGGGCUUGAUGACUUACCAGUUCCUCAGCUGUCUUCUUCCCGAUGGCAUGCAUCAACACCCCUUGCUACCAGGCGUGUUUGAUCGACACUUUUAG